AUGAAACUGGCCCAGAUCAAGUCAUGGUAUUUGGAAUGCUCAGAGAACCACACAAAGUGCACCGCGUAUCCCAAUAUGGUCACGCAAGGCAGCCAGUUACCAUCCCGUCUUUUGGACCUCCAAGGAGACAAGAUCAAACUAGAAUGCAACGUCAAGAGUCUGCCUCAUCUGCAAUACACGACGCUGAGCCACAUGUGGGGUCCUGAUCCCGACACAUGUCUUCAGCUGACCCAGGCUCGACUUCAUGAUUUUGAGUCUGAUAUCCCUUCGUCUCUGUUACCGACCAAAUAUCUUGAAGCAAUCCGUAUCGCAAAGGCUCUUGGCUUUCGAUAUAUCUGGAUUGACUCACUCUGCAUCAUUCAAGAUUCGGACGAGGAUUGGAAGAAAGAGGCUUUGAAGAUGGCUGCUGUAUACGGUCGAACUUCUCUUAACAUUUCAUAUGUGUACCCGCCAUCUGAUAGCGCAAGCCACAACCAUCUCCGAGAUCCUAGAAUAAUAGUUCCAUGCGAA